AUGUCUGCAAUUCUAUCUCACAAUGACACAUACAAUAUUAUCCAAUUCAUAGGUGAGGGAGUAUAUGGGGAGGUGUCUUGCUGCCGUAAGCGAAGUACUGGUCAGUUUGUUGCUGUAAAGACCCUAAAAUAUGAUAGUUGCAUUGCCUCAGAAGUGAGAGUGUUAAAACUGUUUCAAAACAUGGAUACAAACAAGUUUCAUAUUGUACAGUUUCUCGAAUGCUUCCACAGCAGUGGAAAGUCCUACCUAGUAUUUGAGCUACUAGAGCAGAAUUUGCUGGAAUUCCAAAAAGCUAACAAUUUUACUCCUCUCCCUGCCAAGCAUGUUAGGAUCAUUGGCAUUCAGUUGCUGAGAGCUUUGGUGAUACUGAAGGAGUUAUCUAUCAUUCACACAGACAUCAAACUAGAUAAUAUUAUGUUAGUAGCCCACAACAGAUUUCCUUUCAGGGUCAAAGUGAUUGACUUUGGUUCAGCCAGUAUACUCCCUGAGGUUCAACAUAUUAAUGACCCUUAUAUCCAAGCCAGAUAUUACAGAUCCCCUGAGAUCCUCUUAGGGUUGCCUUUCUGUGAAAAGCUGGAUAUGUGGUCUGUUGGUUGCGUACUAGCUGAGCUCCGCCUUGGUAGACCACUCUAUCCCGGUAAAAAUCAAUAUGAUCAGAUCAGAAUCAUCAUUGAAGCUCAAGGACAACCCAAGGACUAUUUGCUUGACCAGGCAAGUAAAACACAUCUUUUCUUCAAAAGAAAUCCUUGCCCUUAUUCAGCUCACCGGUGGCAACUUAAAUCAUUGUCAGAAUAUGACUCAAAGAUGCUGACAUCCCUGGAGCCAAGACGACAGACUGUAAAGUCACUUGAUCAGCUUGAGACAUUCAAUAUCAUUCAAACAUUGUCCUCAAGUGAUGAUGAUAUAGCUGAGUUACAUGACCGCAAUGAUAUGGUGGCUCUUCUGAAGAGAAUGCUCAACUUUGAUCCCAAAAUGCGCAUUUCACCGGACUCUGCAUUAACCCAUCCAUUCAUAACCAUGGAGCAAUUGAAAAACAAAUAUAAUCACACAAGAUAUUACCAGCUCUCUGUCCAAGGUCUUGAUGCCGCUCUGAAUUAUGGUGGAGUUGAGAGCAAGGAACACAGUUAUCAGCUGCUGAAGGAGCCUCAGUGUGCAAAUGCCAAGGUGCAUAUUAAGAGCACACAACAUCAACCGAAUCACAGCAGUACUAUCACACAAACAGCUAUUGAUAAAGGGAACACCCUGACUAUCAGAAAUUCUGAACGAAUCCAAGGACUUAAGUUACGAUAUAAUGGAACUCGGGUUGACCAACCAUUCACUCCAUUCACAGAGAACGCAAUAAACCUCCCAUAUCCAUAUCAAGAAGCUUGUCAUCAGGCCAAGUUGCCUCGAUUCGUCCCAGACACACCACGCUGCAACCGUCCUGCACCUUCGAGACUUCAGUUCACACCGCAACAGUGCCAGGCCGUGCAGGCGGUUCAAAAGCUCUACUCCGAAAGGGAAGUUACAGGCUACAGAUUGCCGGGGUCAUUCACCGGAGAAAAUGUGAUUAAUAAAGUAGUUAAUAGCUUUCUUGGUUUCGUUUGCCACCAGCAAGUAGUUGCAGAGCAUCACUAG